GAAGAAUAUUUAAUGAAACUUUCAGAUGUUCAUAACUUUUAUAGUGACUAAUUGAACUAAUCUACAUUAGAAAACGAAACAAUUACUACAACUCAGUCAAAUGUACAGAUGUGGUAGUAGUUGAGAGUCCUCCCCAGCACUCAGACCUCAUGAGAAUUUGUUUGACUGUAGCAUAAAAGUCGACACGAUGAUAUGCAUCCCAUCAAGAAAUAUGCGUUGUGAUUUAAAACCAGCUUGAUUUGAACUCCUUUUUUUUUUUUUUUUUCCAGUUUUCUGCAUUUUGCUCCCACGGUGCAAAUGAUGGGUUUAAUGAGCCGCGUGUCCUCAGUGCGCAUGGCACAAGUUGUCAGCUCCUGGCCGCGGGAGAGAAGAUGUAAAAUCCUGUCAUCUGAAGACAAGUGACGAAGACGCGCGCGCGGGGGAAUACUCCUCUUUUUCUCUGGCCCCCCGAUUCCGCGCGAGGAGGAGGUGAUCUCACCAUAUGCGCUGCUCCACACACCYUGCUGCACACAAAAGGCUCCAGCUCCUCUGCUCUCUCCGGGACAAGUCAGCCCCGUGGAUGUUGUCACUUUGUCUGAGAGUGGGAUUAUGGCGCGUAAAUCUGUCUCUUUUUAAGAUUUUUGUGCAUCAUUCUGAAAUUCUGGAGAGGAAAGAUUUUGGUGCAGGGGGACCUGGAGGAUACUGCUGCUUCUUCUUCCCAAACACGCGCUCCUGUUGGAUUUACGCUGCAGUCCACUUCACGCCAACAGCACUACUGCAAGGAGGAAUGUUAUGAAACUAUCUCCGGACUUGCACGCGCGGGUGUGUCAGUUUUCUGACCGCACUUCUCCGAACAAUGAGGCGGCGUGGUGCGCAAAGUAGGGGGGAAUGUUGCGUGCGCAGCGGGGGAGCAGGACGGUGACUUCCAGAGGACAGACCCGCGAACGGCGCCUUCCAUGCGGAGCGUGUCGCUGUCCGACGCGCGCGUGGUGCUGAAAUUCGGAUGAUGCCUGGCCGGCGGGUGCAGGGCUGCCGCUCCCUGCACUUCAACGAGGACAACGGCCGCUUCGUGCUGCUGGCCGUCCUCAUCCUGCUGUACCUGCUGUGCGGCGCUGCGGUCUUCUCGGCCAUCGAGAGGCCCUCGGAGCUGCGGGCUCACGGCCGCUGGAACGGGACGCUCCUGAACUUCAGCGAGACCUUCAACAUCAGCCUGCGGGACCUCAACUCUUUCCUGCGGGAGUACGAGGCUGCCAUCGCCGCGGGGAUCCGGGCCGACGCGCUCAGACCCAGAUGGGAUUUUACGGGCGCGUUUUACUUUGUUGGAACUGUGGUGUCGACUAUAGGUUUUGGGAUGACUACGCCUGUGACAAUUGCAGGCAAGGUGUUCCUUAUCUUUUACGGGCUUCUGGGCUGUGCUGCCACCAUCCUCUUCUUUAACCUCUUCCUGGAGCGCAUCAUCACCCUCCUGGCUGUGGUGAUGAAGGCRGUGAGGGAGCGGCGGAUCAGGAACAGCGGCCUGCUCCCGCCAGGAAUACGCCACGACUUCUCGGCCUACUCCCUCCCGGGAUGGAAGCCCUCCGUGUACCACGUGAUGCUGAUCCUCGGCCUGUCGGCCAUCACUAUCUCCUGCUGCGCGUCYGCCAUGUACAGCCCCGUGGAGGGGUGGGCGUAUUUGGAUUCGCUCUACUUCUGCUUCGUCACCUUCAGCACCAUCGGCUUUGGCGACUUUGUCAGCAGCCAGAGUGCGGCUUACGAGUACCAAAACCUAUACAGGGUGGCCAAUUUCUUCUUCAUGCUAAUGGGCGUGUGCUGCAUUUACUCCCUCUUUAACGUCAUUUCCAUAGUCAUUAAGCAGGUGCUCAACUGGUUGCUGGAAAAAAUGAGCUGCUUGUUUUGCCAGCGUUGCAAUAAGGCCAACGCCUUCCUGGGCAGACGCAAUGCCAUCCGCCCAGGCUCCAGGGGUCGCCAGGGUCGGUUUGGCCAGUCGCCUGACUCAGACGGGCCUUGCGAUAGUGACACUGAGGGACGGAGGCUAUCGGGGGAAAUGAUCUCUAUGAAAGACCUGGCGGCCUCUAGCAAGGUGUCACUGGCCAUCAUGCAGAAGCAGCUGUCUGAGUCAGCCAACGGUUACCCCAGGACAGUCUGUGGCAGCUCGCACAGUAAUGGCUUCUCUGGUGGGGUUGGGGCGCUCGGGAUCAUGAACAACAGGCUGGCAGAGACAAGUAACUCCAGGUAGAAGGCAGAGAGAGGCGGAAAACAGGGAAAAUGGGCUUUUCUCCCUCAAAACUCUGCUGUAACAGGCUUUUGAAAGGGACUAUUGGUGUAACUUAUGCAUGAAAAUACCAUUUUUAUACGUUUGAAUGGAAUACAAACCUGCAGUAAUAACACAGAUAAUGGUAGUGAUUCUUUUAGCAAUGAUUUGAUGARGAUGGCAUGAGGGAGAAUCACAAAGUCAAUAAAAAACACAAGCAUGGUGGCCACACAUCACUUUUAUUAAGUUCAAAGCCCAAAACAAAACAAAUUGCUGUGAGACCCUGAAACUAUUAGUGUUUGAAUGCAGAAAACAUCAUUAGCUGUACGCACUCAGUAUAUCAGACUUUUUACGACUAAAUCGUUGUGCUGGAAAGGAGCCAAGGYAAUUAUACGGCACACUUUUUACCAUCUUGGGAUUUCAGCCAGUGCAUACGAAUGUACAUACUGAAUGCUGAUAAAAACAAGUAUAAUCGCUGAAUGAUAUAGCACACUCUGAUCUAUGCAUUAUUCCUCUCAUGCGUUUUGCACCAUCUCUGAACUUUCCUUUGAUUCUGCAGAAACCCUUCUUCCUUCCCCCUUCAUUCCAUUCCCGAGGUGAUUGAUUUCUGCUCRGGGUCCGACUGUGGGAAGCGGACUUUCUGAGCGUGGCCGUGAUGCUGCUGAUUUAAAACGGGGUUGACGUCCAGGGCGGUUUUCCUUGUGCCACUAUAACCGGCCACAAAGAUUAAUUUCCUCUUGAGAUGGAGAAAAGAGCAAAAGUGAAGAAUGAAAAUCUAUUUCUUGGAAAAGAGGAACUGGCCACCUUAUCAGCCUAGCCCAAGUUUCUAAUGCCAGAGAUGUUCAGUUGAAGGGAAAAAAACACUGUUUGACUCUAUUUUACUUCAGUUUUUAAGUUUAUAUAAAACACAAUUAGUGUUUUAGUCACUCAGAGAAAUAUUUGCAAAAGAGAAUAUAUAGAAUUUUUUUCUGUUUGCUGAAAGUUAAACAGGGUUAGGUGUCAGUGAAUACAUUAGGAGGUGAAUUACACUAGGAUGCAAAUGUUUGGCCAGAUAUUUUUUAUUUAUUUAUUUAUUUAUUUUUACCAUAAGCAAAG